UCACCACCUUCUCAAUGCAUUCGCGGGAGUUUUCAUAGUCGCCAGUGUGUCUUAAAUUGUGCGUUAUGCUUUCUUCCGUGCUGGCAAUUUGCGUUGCUGCGCUUCUUCUGCACCACUUCUGGACCAACAGAGAUCUCUACAGACUCUCGUGGAUCAUGCCAGGCCCCAUUCCGAUUCCCUUCCUGGGCAACGCCUACAAUCUCAUCGGGCGCAGCCACGAAGGGCUUCUUGAGAUGCUGAACAAGCUGGUGAAAGAUUAUCCGGCGCCACUGAUGCGAUAUUGGAUGGGAACCAAGAUGUACGUCUUCAUCAAGAAGCCCGAGGACUUGCAGGUCAUCCUCACCACGCCAGAGUGUCUCAAUCGCGAUGAUCUCUAUGAAUACACCAAAACUCUGGCCGGAAAUGGACUUCUUGUGCUUCCAGUUGACGCUUGGAAAGACCAUCGAAAGUAUCUCAACCCAACAUUCAGCCUCAAGAUCCUUCAGAGCUACAUUCCGAUCUUCAAUAAGGAAACCCAAACGCUCGUCAAUCGACUGAGGAAAUUCGAUGGAAAGCCAGAAUUUGAUAUCUAUCAAUUCAUGGACGCUUGUACUUUGGACAUUGUUUGUCAAACCACGAUGGGAAGCCAAAUGCACAUCCAGAAGGAUCAGAACAUUGACUAUUUAGAGGCCGCCAACAAUUUACUCUCAAUCAUCACGACACGCAUUUUCAAUCCACUUCUGCACGUGAAUUCACUGUUCAGGCUGACAAAAUGGUACAAAAUUGAGCAGAAGAGUGAGAAAAUUGUCUUUGGAUUUGUCGAUAAGAUUCUGCAAAACAAGAAGAGAGAUUAUCACGUGACGCCAAAGGAAGAUGACGAGCAGAUUUCCUUCAAGAGUCCUCAGCUGUACAUUGAUCAACUCCUUAAGCUCUCCGUUGAAGGAGGAAUUUUUACCGAUGACGAUGUCAAGAGCGAAUCAAACACAAUCAUCUCAACAGGUUUUGAGAGCACGGCGCUCAUCACGUCUUAUUGCGUCCUCAUGCUGGCGAUGCACCCCGAAAUCCAGGAGAAAGUGCACAAGGAAGUCAGCGAAGUCGUGGCUGAUCCCGCGAACGUGCAGUACGAGGAGUUGGGCGACCUCAAGUUCACCGAGAGGGUAAUUAAGGAGACCAUGAGACUCUUCCCCACAGUGCCGGUGAUUGGCAGAGUGGCGAGUGCUCCUUUUCAGCUGAGAGAAUUCACGAUUCCCGCCAACACUCACUUCCUCAUCUGCCUCGUGACGCUGCACAGAGACAAGGCGAUUUGGGGCCCCGAAGCGGAUAAAUUCAACCCCGACAACUUCCUCCCCGAGCACUUCCAGACAAUCCACCCCUACGCCUAUGCGCCCUUCAGCGCCGGGCCGCGGAAUUGCAUCGGCAUCAAGUACGCCUACAUGCUGAUGAAGGUCCUUCUGGCGCAGCUCGUGAGCAGCUACAAGUUCCGGACGCAUCUGCGACUCUCUGACCUCAAGCACCGCAUCGACAUCACGCUGAAACUCAACAACAAGCACAUGGUGUCCGCCACGGCCAGGAACAAGUUAGGCGCGAUGUGGGCAAUUCUCGUGCUGCUCUUCCUCGCCACGCUGGUGUGGCAUUUGUGGUCGAAGCGUGAGCUGUACAGACUCACGCUGCAGAUGCCAGGACCCUUCAUGAUCCCGCUGAUUGGGAACUACCAGACAGCUUUGGGCAUCUCCAAUGAGGGACUGCUGAAGCUGGUGCAGUUCCUCACCACCAGCUUCCCGACGCCCGUGCGAUGGUGGGUCGGCACGACGAUGUACGUGAUCGCGAAGAAGCCCGACGAUCUUCAGGUCAUCCUCAACUCGCCCAAUUGCCUCAGUCGGGCGGACGUUUACGAGUUCCUGCGCUCCUUCGGCGGUGACGGAUUGGUUUCCCUCGAGGAGCCGCAGUGGAAAGUGCACAGGAAACUCCUCAAUCCCACCUUCAGCCUCAAGAUCCUGCAAACUUACAUGCCAAUCUUCAACAAGGAGGUGAAAGUCCUCGUCUCGCGCCUCCAGGAGCUGUGCAACAAGCCAAAUCCCACGGACAUCUACAACUACAUGGACGCCUUGACUCUGGACGUGGUUUGUCAGACGACAAUGGGAACGGAGAUGCACAUUCAGAAGAACCAGAACAUUGAGUAUCUUGAGGCGGGAAACAAUUUAUUGUCCAUCAUCACAACUCGCAUGUUCAAUCCUGUUCUGCAGUGGGAUUGGUUCUUUCGCCUCACGUCUCUGCACAAGGUUGAGAAGAAGAGCUCUGACAUCACCUUCGGAUUCGUCGAUAAGAUUCUGCAGAGGAAGAAGAUCAACUACAAAGCGCCCGAAGUGAAUCUUGACGAUGAUCAACCGCUGAAAUCACCCCAAAUCUACAUUGAUCAACUCAUGAGGCUGCGAAUGGAGGAGCGGAAGUUUAACGAUCGCGAUGUUGUCAGCGAAGCGAACACAAUUGUCGCCACGGGCUUCGAGAGCACAGCUUUGGUCAGUUCUUACUGCAUUCUCAUGCUGGCCAUGUUUCCUGAGCAUCAGGAGCGAAUCUACGAGGAGAUCAAGUCCAUCAUGCCCAAUAGAGAGGACAAUGUUCAGUAUGACGACUUCAGCAAGUAUGAAUUCUUGGAAAGAUUCAUCAAGGAGACAAUGCGCCUGUUCCCCUCAGUGCCGCUAAUCGCCCGAACCGCCACAGCUCCGUUCCAAAUGGGAAAGUACGUCAUUCCGAAGGGGACAAAUAUCGUGUGCGCCAUCAGCAUGAUGCAGCGCGACAAGGAGGUUUGGGGCCCGAACGCCGCCCACUUCGAUCCUGACCACUUCCUGCCCGAGAACCUCGAGAAAAUGCACCCCUACGCCUAUCUGCCCUUCAGCGGCGGCCCGAGGAACUGCAUCGGCAUCAAGUACGCCUACAUGUUCCUCAGGACCAUCGUCAUCCACCUGGUGAGCAACUUCCGCUUCCGCACGGACCUCAAGAUGAGCGACUUCCGCCACCGCAUGGACAUCACCUUCAAGCUCAUCAACAAGCACAUGGUGUACGUGGAGAAGCGCGCUGAGCAAUAAAUCCCGACUAAAGGUGGCGAUGAAAGUCUCAUCAUUGGCGAAAAAGUGUGCUAAGAAAGUGAUUUAUGCACAAAACCCGCUCAGCUGCAUUCAAAUGGCCGAAUUAGCAAGUCUUCUGCGAGUCAAGUUCAUGAUCUUAGACGACAAGGAGGAGAUAUUGUGCAAAACACUCUGUAAAACACUUUUUCACAAUAAAUUAGAGCACUUUUUGUAUCGCU